UGUUUGCAGGUCGAGACGAAAAACGCCGACGAUGUGUUAUGUUUUGUAUCUCAGCGGCGUGUUAAACAACAGCUGGUGGGCGAAAGUUUUAGCCUUUCAUCGCUGCAUAUUUCUCGUCAAAAAGCGAGUUAACCCUGUGGCAUCCGCCCCGCUGCUCCCCUGGCCGGGGUACACGUAGAAAGAGUGGCGUGUGGAGCUCGAGAAUGGAGGAGUCAACCCGGAGUCGUCAUGGCGGCGGUGACUGCGUGGCGAUACGCUAGCGACCGUCUCCUCGGAGGAUGGGGCCCGCUUCUCUGCGUCUUCCUGGGCUCUCUGGUGGCCCUGCUGACGCCCCUGGUCGGGGUGGAGGACCAGUGCCGGGGCUCCCCGAACGCCAUCGCGCGGCUCCGCUGUCAGCUGCGGGGGAGCUCCCAGCAGCCCCCAGCUGUGCAGACCACCGGCCUCACUGCGCCCCUCACGGCCCUCGACCUGCUUCCUCUGAGGGCCAAGCCCAGCAAAGAAAUGAUUUUUGAGGCCAGAGCGGCGCUGCAGCAGGCUCAGGAGAUGAAGAAACACGGCAAGACGGAGAAAGCCCACAAGCUGCUGGUGCAUGCGCUCAGUCUGAAUCCAGACUACGUGGAUGCCCUGACCGAGCUGGGGACUAUUUUGGAGGAGGAGAAGGACGUGGUGCAGGCGGACCACCUGUACACUAAGGCUUUGGCCAUCUCGCCUUGUAAUGAGAGGGCCCUGAUGAGUCGAGACCGCACCCUGCCCUUGGUGGAGGAGAUUGACCAGCGUCACUUCGGCAUCAUUGACAGCAAGGUGCGCAAACUCAUGUCCAUUCCUAAAGGCAACUCUGCGCUACGUCGGGUGAUGGAGGAGACUUACUACCACCACAUCUACCACACAGUAGCUAUAGAAGGCAGCACUCUCACUUUAUCGGAGAUCCGUCACAUCUUGGAGACGCGCUACGCCGUCCCCGGCAAGAGCUUGCAGGAGCAGAAUGAGGCCAUCGGUGUGGACGCAGCCAUGAAGUACAUCAACACCACGCUGCUGUCCAGGACGGGAACCAUCAGUGUCGGUGACAUCCUGGAGAUCCACAGACGAGUGCUGGGCUACGUGGACCCGGUGGAGGGGGGCCGCUUGCGCACCAACCAAGUGUUUGUAGGCCAUCACAUCCCGCCGCACCCUCAGGACCUGCAGCGGCACAUGCAGGAGCUGGUUCAGUGGCUCAACUCCGACGAGGCCUUGCAGCUGCACCCGGUCGAGUAUGCCGCUCUCGCUCACUACAAACUGGUGUACGUGCACCCGUUCGUGGACGGCAACGGACGCACGUCGCGGCUGUUGAUGAACCUUGUGCUCAUGCAAGCGCGAUACCCGCCCAUCACCAUUCGCAAAGAGCAAAGGGCCGAGUACUACGCAGCUCUGGACACGGCCAACGAGGGCGACGUGCGCCCCUUCAUCCGUUUCAUUGCCAAAUGCACCGAGAUUACGCUGGACACCUUGUUGAUCUCCACCACUGAGCAUUCUGUGGGGCUCCCGGGGUCGAGGCAGGAGCAAGCCUGUCCUGACUGCAAACACACCAUCCCAGCUCACAACUGAUUUGGUGAUUGGAGAGCAUCUGUCAGGCCUACUUUUUACCCGAAGGGGUUGUAUAUCCAUCAGCUUCGCCUGGCUUUGUCUUUAACCUGGUGAAAUGUAUUUUGUGUGGGAACUUUAAAAGAGGUUUAAAUUUCAUGGGAGGACACGUCAGAAGUUGGGACUUGUAGGACUAUCACCUCACUUGAGAAGCUUCAAUCUAUGCCUUGUGGGACCUUUAGUUAGAAAUGGGAUAGCACUUUCAUCAUUUGAGUAUUUAUUUUCUGCAAAUAAAAGUGAUGUCAAAUCUCA